CAAAAGGAGGAGCUGAGUCUGGGGAAUAAUCUCCAGCCUCAUCCCAGGUGGGGGUUCUCACUCUCCACCAACUCUCUCCUUUCCCUGUUCGCCCAGAUCUCGCCUCUCACAGCGAGGCAGCUGUGGGCCCCUCGAGGCAGUAGUGUCUGUUAAACUCUGUGAAGGCUGUCACAUGGACGUCAGGUAUUUCUUGCUGGCUUCCAACAAGACAUAGAUAAAGAAAUCUUUUCUGGAGCAUUUUCAAGCUGCAUUCGGAGACUCUGCUAAGGCAAAGCAGUCCCUGGAGGGCAAGGGUGGGAGAUGUGCGGGGGCCUGGUCGCCCGGCCUGCCCUAUGCUCGCACCAAAGCGACUUCUUGUGAUUUGAGGGUAUAAGCCAUGGAGACUAUGCUGCUGCAUGGCCUGCUGCUGCCCGUGGUUUUUAAGUUCGGUUUUGUUAGGGUCGCAGCACAGCAGCACCGGAGCUGUCCCGAAGGCCCCCUCCCGAGCCAUGGGACUCCCGCCUGCAUGGGUCCUGCACCCUUCUUAAUUUUCUGCCAUGGAAACAGCAUCUUUAGGAUUGACCCAGAAGGAACCAAUCAUGAGCAACUGGUGGUGGAUGCUGGUGUCUCAGUGAUCAUGGAUUUUCAUUACAAGGAGGAAAGAAUCUACUGGGUAGACUUAGAAACACAACUUCUGCAGAGAGUUUUUCUGAACGGGUCAAGGCAAGAGAAAGUGUGCAGUAUAGAGAAAAAUGUUUCUGGAAUGGCAAUAAAUUGGAUAAAUGAAGAAGUUAUUUGGUCAAAUCAACAGGAAGGAAUCAUUACAGUAACAGAUAUGAAAGGAAACAAUUCCCGUGUUCUUUUAAGCACCGUAAAACAUCCCGCAAAUAUGGCAGUUGAUCCAGUAGAAAGGUUUAUAUUUUGGUCUUCAGAGGCAGCUGGCAGCCUUCACAGAGCAGAUCUCAGUGGCGUAGAAGUGAAGACUCUGUUGGUGACACCAGAGAAAGUAAAAGCUAUGUCACUGGAUGUGCUCAAUAAACGUCUCUUUUGGAUUCAGGAAAAUAGAGAAGGAAGUAAUUCUUGUAUUUGUUCCUGUGAUUAUAAUGGAGGUUCUAUCCAGCUCAGCAAAUAUCCAACACAGCACCAUCUGUUUGCAAUGUCCCUUUUUGGUGACCAUCUCUUCUACUCAACAUGGAAAAGGAAGGCAAUUUGGAUAGCCAACAAACGCACCGGGAAGGACAUGGUUAGAAUUCACCUCAACCCCUCACUCACACCUCCUGGUGAGCUGAAAGUGGUGCAUCCACUUGUGCAGCCCCAGCCAGAGGACAGUGCUCAGGACUCUGAGCGGGGGCUUUGCAAUCCAAAGAGAGGACACUGCGAUGACGGUCGGUGCGAUCAUGACCUCACGUCCCACGCGUGCGCAUGCGCAGAGGGCUUCGCGCCGAGCCGAGACCGGAAGUCCUGCGAAGAUGUCAACGAGUGUGCCCUUUGGAACCAUGGCUGCACUCUUGGGUGUGAAAACACUCCAGGAUCCUAUUACUGCACAUGCCCUGCGGGAUUCAUUCUGCUUCAGGAUGGGAAACGAUGUCAUCAAUUAGUUUCCUGUCCGAGCAAUACAUCCAAAUGCAGCCAUGACUGUGUCCUGACAUCCGAGGGUCCCCUGUGUUUCUGUCCCAAAGGCUCCAUGCUUCAGACGGAUGGAAAGACAUGUAGUGGCUGUUCGUCACCUGACAACGGUGGCUGUAGCCAGCUCUGCAUCCCACUUGGCCCCAUGUCCUGGGAGUGUGGCUGCUUUCCUGGGUAUGACCUACAGCUAGACCAGAAGGGCUGUGUGGCUUCAGGACCACAGCCGCUUUUGCUGUUUGCCAACUCUCAGGACAUCCGACGCAUGCACUUUGAUGGGACAGACUACGGAAUCCUGCUUAGCCAGCAGAUGGGAACGGUCUUUGCCCUGGAUCACGACCCAGUGGAGAACAAGAUAUAUUUCGCCCACACAGCCCUGAAGUGGAUAGAAAGGGCUAACAUGGACGGGUCCCAGCGAGAAAGGCUCAUCGAGGAGUCAGUGGAUGUCCCCGAAGGUCUUGCUGUGGACUGGAUUGGCCGUAGAGUCUACUGGACAGACAGAGGGAAGUCUGUCAUUGAAGGGAGUGAUCUAAAUGGAAAACAUCGACAAAUAAUCAUUAAGGAAAAUAUCUCUCAGCCAAGAGGAAUUGCUGUUCAUCCAAUGGCCAAGAGAUUGUUCUGGACCGAGGUGGGGACGAAUCCACGAGUGGAAAGUGCCUCCCUGCAGGGUUCCGGCCGGUGGGUUGUGGCCAGCUCAGAGCUGGUGGAGCCCAGCGGACUCGCUGUUGACUUCCUGAUGGACACUUUGUACUGGUGCGACGCCCAGCGUUCUGUGGUGGAGAUGGCCAGGCUGGACGGCUCGAGGCGCCAGAGGCUGGCCCAGGAUGACGUAGGUCGCCCAUUCGCCCUGGCUGUGUUCGGGGACCACCUGUGGCUGUCGGACUGGGCAGUGCCGGCGGUAAUGAGGGUGAACAAGAGGACUGGCCGAAACAGGGUACGUCUGCGAGGCAGCGUGCUGAGACCCUCCUCGCUGGUUGUGGUUCACCCACUGGCAAAACCAGGUUCAGACCCCUGCUCACCUGGGGGCAGCGGCUGCGAACGGAUCUGCCAGGAGAGGUUUGGCGCUGCGCAUUGUUGGUGUCUCGAAGGUUUCCGGGGCGCCCCAGAUGGGAAGGCCUGCCUGGUCCUGAAGUCGGCCGGUGGUGAAGCCGAUCAAAGUAGGCAGGUGACAGCACUGGACAACUUAUCUGGGACCGAGGCAUCGGAAGACAAUGCCACAGGAGCUCAGCACACACUAGUGGCCGAAAUCAUGGUGUCAGGUCUGGACGAGUGCGCCCCGGCGGUCUGUGGCGCGCACGCCCAGUGUGUUCCGGAGGGAGACGGCGCCGCCUGCCGGUGUUUGGAGGGGUUUGCGGGGGAUGGAGAACUGUGUUCUGACAUGGACGAAUGUGCGGCGGACAGCACUGCCUGCCCUUCCCCGUCCUCCGAGUGCAUCAACACGGAGGGCGGCUACGUGUGCCGGUGCUCAGCCGGGUAUGGCGGAGACGGGCUCCACUGUCUCGACUCUACCUCACCCCCUCCCUUUGGGGAAGAUGCCAGCAAUGUGGUCAGAAAUGGCUACCCAGGAUGUCCCCCCUCACACGACGGGUACUGCCUCCACGGCGGAGUGUGCAUGUAUGUGGAACCAGUCGACAGCUACGCGUGCAACUGUGUCCUUGGCUACGUCGGGGAGCGCUGCCAGCACCGAGACCUGCGAUGGUGGGAGCUGCGCCACGCCGGCCAUAGGCAGCAGCGGGACAUCACGGUGGUGGCCGUUUGUGUGGUGGCGCUGGUCGUGCUACUGCUGCUGGGGCUGUGGGGGGCACGCUGCUACAGGAUGAAGAAGCUGGCACUGAAAAACGCGAAGAAUCCAUAUGAGGAGUCGCACGGAGACGUGAGCAGUACGCGACCAGCCAACGGCGAGGCUGGGGUGUCUGCCGGCCCCCAACCUUGGUUUGUGGUCCUAAAGGAAGAGCAAAACUUCAGGACUGUGAGUCACUCUACACCUGGCAAGAGUGGUCAGAUGGCAGAUGUUGGCCAGUUUUCUUGUCUGGAGCUUGGGUCAGCUCAGUUGACUUGGUGCAGACAGGAGCCUCACAUAUAUGAAAUGGGCACGGAGCAAGGCUGCUGGGUCCCACUGUCCAGCAGUAAGGGACCUGGUCCCCAGGUCACGGAGCGAAGCUUUCCUCUCCCCUCCUAUGUGGCAAAGCCGCUCGCUGUGGGGGUUCAGGAGCCCGGACCUCUCCAGUCAGCUGACCCAUGAUGCCAGCCAAGAGCCCAGCUCCACCUCACCAGCUCUGUGACACCUGGAAUUAGAAGGAAGGCCAAGAACAAGCUGCAGUGGACAGUGUCUUUUCUCUCAAAACUAGAAGAAUGCUGCAGAUUCUGGAUCUGCAGUCUCUAAGGGUGAUCACCCAUGCAGUGGCCGGAGAGGGACACAUAGCUGUGCUUCAUUUCUUCUUUCGAGCACCCCCACUGCAGAACCUCCAAUGAGCGCAGAGGCAGCACGAGGCGGCUGUGCUCUGCACGCUGCUUGUUGUACAGGGAGAUUUGGGCUUUUUUGGGUUUUUUUUGCUGCAGCCUCAGAAGAAUCUGGGGUUAAAGCAAGCAUUCACACUGGUUUGGCCAAUGAUAGAGUAAUUUCUUCCAUCUGAAUCAAGAGAACUUUUAGCUCAGUCUCAAAAACUGGUUGGAAUAUUACAGUUGUUGCUGAAACACCUUGUAGCCAUUUGAUUUUUCACUGCGGUCAUUCAUGCUCAUAAUUUUUUGAAAGAGUUGUGAUAAAUUGAUAAACA